CGAACUUUAAAUAUGGCAACUAAAAAUCCUCGUCCGGCUGUGGUCUUGGAGCGUGAAGCGUAUUUCGCUCCCGUCAAUAAAUUAUUUCGAUUUCAGGGCGUGUUCGAUAAUUUCGGCUCGGUGUGUUAUAUUUUUACGUCCCCCGCCCGCACAAUUUAGAGCGGAGCACAAUAUCGGUGUGUGAUAGUGAAAUGGGACUGUUCCGAGUCACACCCUUGUAGCUUGCGUGUCGACUCUAGUAUCUGGUGUGAUCAGUAUCAGUGUUUACAAGCCGAUGGUGUAGUGUUUGGUCCUGGUAGACGGCGUAUACAUUGAUGGGCGAGUUUCCGUCGUCGUCGAGCGCGGCAAACGGGCCGCAACGGCGAACCAUUUCCUGGAGGGUCUACAUCAAAAUCCGCCACACUGGAACUGAUGGAAUUAGAAAAUAUCGUAGCCAACACUGUCUACUUGAAAGCAAGAGAAGGUGGCUCCGAUAGCAACAAAGGCAAGAGUAAAAAAUGGCGAAAAAUCCUCCAGUUCCCUCACAUAUCGCAAUGCUUAGAUAUAAAAACAACAAUAGAUGUAGAGUACGACUACGUGGUGGACCAGCAGCCGAUCGGCAAGCUGCUCUUCCGCCAGUUCUGCGAGCGCAACCGGCCGCACUACCACAAGUACAACGCGUUCCUGGAUGCGUGUUUGCUGACCCAGGUGGAGCGGUACGAGGUGGAGGUGGACGAGAGCCGGGCGGCGCUCACCGCGGACCUGUUCCGCCGGUACCUGGCCGACGACGGAGACGCGGUCACGGACGUGGUGCCGCCAGACGUUGUUGCCACCGCUAAUGCGCUCAUUGAAGGCGGCCCCAAGGACAUAUUCAGCGAAUGCAUCCGCUGCGUGAAGCGGUUUCUGGCUGGCGCGCCGUUCGCCGAGUUCGAGCGGUCGAUGUAUUUCCACCGGUAUCUCCAGUGGAAGUGGCUGGAGGCGCAGCCGGUGACGCACAAGACUUUCCGCAUGUACCGCGUGCUGGGGAAGGGCGGGUUUGGGGAGGUGUGCGCUUGCCAGGUGCGAGCGACGGGCAAGAUGUACGCGUGCAAGAAGCUAGAGAAGAAACGCAUUAAGAAGCGCAAGGGGGAGGCCAUGGUGCUCAUAGAGAAGCAGAUCCUGCAGCGGAUCAACUCGAGAUUCGUCGUGAACCUCGCGUACGCGUACGAGACUAAAGACGCGCUGUGUCUCGUCCUCACUAUCAUGAACGGUGGCGAUCUCAAGUUCCACAUCUACAACAUGUGCGGCGCCGAAGCGGGGUUGGGGCUGGAGCGGGCGCGGUUCUACGGCGCGCAGGUGGCUUGUGGCCUCGAGCACCUGCACCGGAUGGGCAUCGUUUACAGGGACUGCAAGCCGGAGAAUAUCCUGCUGGACGACGCGGGCCACGUGCGCAUCUCGGACCUGGGGCUGGCGGUGGACGUGCCGGAGGGCGGCAGCGUGCGCGGCCGCGUCGGCACCGUGGGGUACAUGGCGCCCGAGGUGAUAGAUAACGAGCGGUACACGUUCAGCCCCGACUGGUUCUCGUUCGGGUGCCUCGUGUACGAGAUGAUCGAGGGCCGGGCGCCGUUCCGCGCGCGCAAGGAGAAGGUCAAGCGGGAGGAGGUGGAUCGACGGGUUAAGCACGAGGCAGAGAAAUACUCGAGCAAGUUCAGCGAGUGCGCGCGCGCGUUGUGCACCGCACUACUCGCGAAGCGCGCUGCUCAGCGGCUCGGCGGGACGACGCGACGCGGAGCCGCCAGCGUCAAGCAGCAUAGGUUUUUCAACAGGCUGAACUGGGCGCGGCUCGAGGCCGGCAUGGUAGACGCGCCGUUUGUGCCUGAUCCGCACGCCGUCUACGCGAAGGACGUUCUCGACAUCGAGCAGUUCUCGACGGUGAAGGGCGUGAACUUGGACGCGGCUGACGACACUUUCUACGGCAAGUUCAACACCGGCUCCGUGUCGAUACCGUGGCAGAGCGAGAUGAUCGAGACCGGCUGCUACCGCGAGCUCAACCAGUUCGCCAAAGACGCGGAGGGCAACGAGACUCGAACACCUGACCUGCAGCUGGUGCCGGCGGCGCGCGCCGCAGACGAAGACGCCGGCUGUUUCCUGUUUGCCAGACGGACGCUGUGCCCACAAAAGAAAGUGCCCCCGCGACUGCGAGCGGUGCCCGUACCCGAGCAUCUCCUGCGGCCAUCCUCGCCGGGGCCUCCCGACGACAAUCAGGGCCCCGAUGAACCUCAAAAAGGCCCCAACGGUCAAAAAGAACCCGUCGGUCAAAAAGACCCCACGGGUCAGAAAGACCCCACGGGUCAGAAGGACCCCACGGGUCAGAACGACAGCUGACCGCUCCAGCCGGAAGCGCGGAAGUCUAGAUUAAUCGCCACGACCACUUAGUGCCGUGGGAGAAGCCUAAAAGGUUAGAUAACACACGUUAUCACAAUUUUAUUGUUUGACAUGGCUAAAUGUAAUUUGACACAAGUUGAGAUGUUAUUCGAAUAACUAGAUGACCCUUGCAAAAAGUCGUGUAUCGCGCGGGACAUUUUUCUGGGAUAAAAGUAUCAUGUGUCCUUUCCCGGGACUCAAAGUGUAUAUAAUCGGUCCAGUGUUUUGGACUUGAAGAGAUAACAGAUAGGAACUCUCAGACAGACGAUCUCUCAUUAAUAAUAUUAGGAACUUGGAAGUAUGGAUUACAUUUAGUAAAUACGUAUAUGUAGUAGUCGGUGGUAGUCGGUGGUAGGCACCAGUGUAGUCCCAAUGUUCAGAGAAUAUUUGAAAAAAAAUAUUCUGAAUAAAAAAAAUUGAGUUUUGAGUAGGACAGAAAUUAUGCGUCCGCCCCCUACGAAUAAUUAAAACUAAGGAAGAGUAACUGUGUCAAAUUUGUCCACAAGUCUAUAAAUGGUGACCCGAAUACAUGCAUAC